CCUGGCCCCGGCACGUUUGGCGUUCCCCCUCUUCCUUGGUUCUUCCUCCGUGGCUGUUGGCCCUACUUUUCCAUACUUUUCCUUUCGCACUUGUUGUCCUUUUCCACCCGAGGAGUCGACAUUGAGGAAUCUCAUUCACGCAGUGAUCUCAUUUUCGUACUUACGAUUGAUAUGACAUUACUGUAAGGGUGGAUCCACAGUCGAGCUUCCGGAACAGCCAUUGGCGUUUACCAAGCAGGUGGUUCCCACAAUGACAACGGCCACACAAGUGAAUAUGCUACCUUCAACCAGCAACAAUGCACAGAAACCUAGGCACCGGGCCUCGGUGGCCUGUACUGCCUGUCGAGAACGCAGGACAAGAUGCGUUAUCUUUCCCGGUGAAUCUGAAUGCACGCAAUGCCGGUCUGUGGGUGAAGAAUGCAUCAUCAACUAUGACGACGAGAGACGAAAACCAAAUUCCAGAGCAUAUAUUAACAGUUUGAACGAGAGGAUCGCGGCACUCGAGAAAGCGCUUAGAGAGAAGGAUCAAUCGGAUCCAACCACGAGUACUGUCGAAGUAAGCAAUGUGCAGAGAAACAUUUCGCAAAGCCCUUUGAUGGUCUCCAAAGACCCCGACCCAAAGCCCACGCAGCCUCAAGAAGUCAACGAGCAGCAAAAUGAAGCCGCGAUCAUCACCGAUUCCGAUACCACCGAUGGCUACUCGCCGCCAGCCAACCUGUCGAUGCCUAGCAAUGAAAGUAUGGUCAACAAGCUGUUGUCCACAAGAGGUCACCUUAGCUUCGACCAGCUGAGCGGGCGCCUGCGCUACUUCGGACCGACUACCAAUUGCCAUGUCCAUUCCGAUCUCCAUUUGCAAAAUGAACUCCUCCACCGACAAGCCCUCGAGCAGGAGAGACGGACGCAAAGAAUCAUCAACACACUGACCACCGAAACGCACAAUUACCUGAUGGACAUGUUCUGGACACAUUACAACCCAGUGAUACACGUCGUAAACCGAGCUGCCUUUGAGGAGUGCCGCGCGACCGGAGGGCCCUUUUACUCCGGGUUCCUUCACGUUUGCAUAUUGGCAGUAGGUUAUCGAUGUUCCGACAAAACACGUCCCGACAUGAUAAGAAUCUCAAUGCCCGCCCGAGAAAGCACACUCCACAAAGAGGCCAAGUUUAUGCUGGACUACGAAAUCGAGCAGCCAGGUGGCAUUCCGUCAAUCCAGGCAUUAUUGCUCCUUGGAGACCUAGAAUGCAGCGUGGGCAGAGAUAACGUCGGUUGGCUCUAUGCUGGUAUGGCAAACCGGUUGUGCUUUGAUAUUGGCUUGCACCUCGACCGAAGCAAAUCUGGACUAUCGGAGAGAGAAAUUGAGAUUGGAAGAAUGACGUUAUUCGCCUGCGUGAUCUACGACAAGUACUGGGCUCUCUUCUUGGGGCGGCCGACCAGCCUCAAAUCUUCUGACCUGGAAACUUAUAAUCUCUCACAGCAGUUUGAGCGACUGGGCAAGUCUUUGCCUGCCGGCCCGGAAAGGAGUCUAGAGACUCAGGUCUAUGAGUCCCUUCUGGAACUGAUGGAGAUCGCGGGUACAAUAACUGAACUCAUGGAUCAGGCGUCAAGACUUGAAGAUAACGUCAACGUGAAUCACCAUGUCUUCAUGCGGAUGGCUAACUUGAACCGAGAGCUCGAGAUAUAUUAUACUCGCCUUCCGAAAGCGUUGCAAUGGACGCCAGAGAACAUCCGGGUGGCACCCUUCUCAUUCUUCCUGCUGCAUCAGCAAUAUCACGUCACGAUGAUUCUCCUUCACCGUCCGUUCGCAAGGUACGGUGAUAUCCAGUCAUCCAACACCGAUGGUAAUAUGGAAGAUUACACGCCUCAGCCCAAUAUGCACCUGUCCUCGAUGUCGCGGACGAUCUGCACGCAGCAUGCAGUGCGCGUGGCGCGUAUCUUCUGGCAGCACCGCCAGAAGUAUGAAACCCGGAGAAUCUUCGUCACGGGCUUGCAACAUGCCGGGACAGCAGCCACAGCAUUGGUUGCGGCUUUGGCAUCGCUCAAGGACUCCUCCUCCCGUGAUGCCAAUAUGCAUUAUCUGGAGACCCUUGGUGCGGCUUUGGAGGACAUGUCGGAGACAUACCAGCCGGCUGAGAGGAUGUCUGGCGUUCUGCAGGCGGUGAUUGCGGAGCUCUGGGCAACUAUGCCUCAACCAAAGCAAACGAAAGUUGUCCCAGCUCGAAGAGAAAGUACCAACGACGGGGACACGGAGCGUUUCGCGCCAUCCAGCAAAAGACAUCAGUCGUUCCGAGCAAGCCCACCCAGAACGAUGGGUCAGGGGUUUAUGUCCCAGAGCCAGCCCAACCCAACACCUUCCGUCACAGAAGUGGACGGUUCUUCUUCAGCAAUGGACCAGGAUUCACAGGGCACGAGGCUGACGAACCAGAACCAGAACCAGCCAUCAUUGGAUGGCUUCGUGGUCGUUACUCCGCGCAUCGAGUCGGCUACCCUGGAUGAAGCUUGGAACUCAAUGUCCAACAACAAUUCAUCGGUCUUGGAUUACCCCAUGUUCACGAACAAAACUUGGUCGGCCUUCACCAACAACGGCCCACCCAUACCCAUUUCGCACACCUCAGCAUGGAUGGGCGCAGAGACACCCGCGGUGUCACCUCCACCAAGCUCCUCCAAUCCAUUCGCAUUCCAGUCUUCCGUGUUUCAGACCCAGAACCGGAUGCAGGACGAUCCAUUGGGCAGCAAUGGGCACAACCUCGAUUUCCUCUCGCUGCUGUCAAGCGACCGAGGCGAUUUCUCGAAUCUGGUAGGCCGGGAUGAUGACUUUGCAAUUCUGCCCACACCGAAAAGCACACCUGCCACGGCCUUUAUGCCGAGGCCUUCGGACGACUCCAAUAAGUCUACGGACCGAAGGUCUGCGACGCGGGAGCAACAAGACGGAUCCGCUGCUCGAACCAUGGCGGCAUUAGAUGAGCUUUGGAACCAGAUGCGGCCGUCGAAUAGGGAGAAAUGAUUGUUAACUUGGCAUGUGGGAUGAUUAUACGAUAAUGGAAUGCGGAAAAGGAUAGUGUUAAACCAUAGUCAGUGUAUCAAAUGUUGUUUCAUUACGA